GUCGUAGCGUCCGUCGAGCUGUGUUUAUAUCAGUUGUGAAUGAAAGCACAAGGUGUCAACAACUCAGAGACUCAAAUAUUUUGAUAAUUCUAAUAUUUUCCUUUAAAUGUUAAGAGAAAGUUUACAGAUUGCCAGAUUAACACCUAGCAGACAUAAUUUUUGUGUCAUUGUGUAAAAAUUUCUUAAAGAAAUUAGAUUUCAGUUCCGACAACAGCGUAGAACACAGCAAAUGGUCUCAGUUAAAGGGAUUAUCGCCGUAAAAUUACGCUGGGGAGAGCUUUAGUAUUUGCUGAGCUCGAAUAAAUUGUGCAGAAGUUUCAUGGCUGUGAUUUUCGUAGUGUUAAACGUAUAGCAGCAAACUGUCACGAUGGGUGAUGAAGAUUCAAGUGUCAGAGUGGCGGUGAGAAUCCGACCACAGAUUCCUCGAGAAGUAAUAGACAUGUGUCGUGUAUGUACUGCUGUGACCCCAGGAGAGCCGCAGGUGACUCUGGGCUCAGAUAAGGCAUUCACAUAUGACUAUGUAUUUGAUAUGCCUAUUAUGCAAGAUGAAAUUUAUGGUACCUGUGUCAGCAAUUUGGUCGAUGGUUCCUUGGAAGGAUACAAUGCAACAGUACUAGCAUAUGGGCAGACUGGCUCAGGGAAGACUUACACUAUGGGGACAGGAUUUGAUGUUGAAGUUGACCCAUCACAGGUGGGAAUUAUACCAAGAGCUAUUAAUCAUUUAUUCAAUGGCAUUGCCUCGAGAGUGGAGAAAGCAAAAGAGAUGGGACAACCACCACCAGAAUUUAAAAUUAUGGCACAGUUCAUGGAGCUUUACAAUGAAGAAAUAAUUGACUUGUUUGAUCCUGCUAGGGAGCAAUUCACAAAGGGAAAAACUGGUAUAAAAAUUCAUGAAGAUGCAGAAGGUGGUAUUUAUGUUGUUGGUGUAACAAUGAAAUCUGUCUCCUCGGCAGAAGAGGCUUUACAGUGCCUUAGAUUAGGUGCUUUAUCAAGAACCACUGCUAGUACACAGAUGAAUGCUCAGUCUUCAAGAUCACAUGCAAUAUUUACCCUACACAUCAAACAGCAAAGGCUCGUGAAAGUAGAGACAGAUGAUGAUGAAAAUCCAACAGACGGUGGAAAAGAGUUCGAGACAUUAACAGCCAAAUUUCAUUUUGUGGAUCUGGCUGGUUCAGAACGUCUGAAAAGAACUGGUGCCACUGGAGAAAGAGCUAGAGAAGGGAUAUCAAUCAACUGUGGACUCCUUGCUUUAGGCAAUGUGAUAUCUGCUCUUGGAGAUAAAUCGAGGAAAGUCACACAUGUACCAUAUAGAGAUUCCAAGCUCACAAGGUUACUGCAAGAUUCACUUGGAGGUAACAGCCGGACAGUUAUGAUUGCUUGUGUCUCACCAAGUGACAGAGACUUUAUGGAAACACUAAACACGCUGAAUUAUGCAAAUAGAGCAAGGAACAUUAAAAAUAGAGUUGUUAUUAAUCAAGAUAAGUCAUCACGAACAAUAGUACUACUGAGGCAGGAAAUACAGCAACUGCAGCUAGAACUGUUGGAAUACAAACAGGGGAAAAGAAUUGUUGGUGAAGAUGGUGUUGAAUCUGUAAAUGAUAUGUACCAUGAAAACAUAAUGUUACAAAGUGAGAUCAACAAUCUGAGAACCAGAGUGAAAGCCAUGCAGGAAACAAUAGAUGCUCUCAGCAACAAGAACACACAGCUUUUGGCUGAGAGAGCUGUGGGAUCUUGGGUUGGCUCAGGUGAAACUUCAGACAUCACAGAAAUGAUACAGGGUUAUCUUAAAGAGAUAGAGGACCUGAGAGCAAAAUUGUUGGAGUCUGAAGCCAUAUGUCAGCAACUCCGCAAAAGGCAACCACCUAAAAUGUCACUGAGUCCUCAUGUUGCCAUGUCAGGACACUUCGAUAUAUCUCCUGGUGACGUAACAUCUGUAGAUAAUCUCCUUUCUGAAGCAAAGAAAGAUUUGUUAAAGGAUAUUGAAUUGCUAGCGAAAAGUAAAAUUAAUGAUGAAACAUCGAAUGAUGGCCAGAAAAAUGGGAAUGAUGAUGCAGAUAGUGAAAGUGACAGUGAAGAGAAAGAGAAUGAUGACGCAAGUGACAGCAGCAGUACUGAUACGGAAGAGAAAGGAGAAGCUGAAAAUGAAGAAUUUGGUCUUAAGUUAGCAGAACUCACUUCAGAGAUAAACAUCAAACAGAAGCUAAUAGAAGAAUUAGAGCUGUCACAGCGCAGAAUACACACUAUGCGCCAGCACUAUGAAGACAAGAUGAUGCAGUUGCAGGAACGUAUCAGGGUCACACAAGAAGAACGGGAUAAAGUGCUAGCCUCAUUCAGCAACCAGUCAAAGGAACCAACUGAAAAGGUCAAGAAAGUUCGUGAUGAAUAUGAAAAGAAACUCAGUGAUAUGCAGAAGGAACUGAAACGUCUGAAUUCAGCCAAAAAGGAGCAUGCAAGGUUGCUACAAGCUCAGACUCAACAUGAGAAUCAACUCAGAACUCUUAAAAACGAACUUGCAGAUAUGAAAAGGACAAAGGUUAAGCUGCUGAACAAGAUGAAAGAGGAGACUUCAAGGCAUAAAGAAGCUGAAUUACGCCGUAAUAGAGAAAUAGCACAACUGCGGAAAGCAUCAAGGAAGCAUGAAAAUUUGAUAAAAUCUCUUGAAGCAGAAAAGCGAAUGAAAGAAGUAGUGUUACGAAGGAAACAAGAGGAAGUGUCAGCAUUGCGGAGGAUAGCUCGAGGAGGACUGAGCAACAAGGCAGCAGGUCGUGUUGGUGGCAGAAAUGUAGCCAGGAAACUGCAUUUCUCUCCAAAAGAAGCUAAACAGAAGUGGCAGGAACUGGAGAAAACUAUCAGUCAGAAUGCCAUAAACAAGCAGACAGUAGCAGUCAUUGAACGAGAUAUGGAAAGAAAUCUGCAAGAGAGAGAAUCACUCUGUCAUUCACUUGAAGAUUUAAAACGCAGAAGAAGAUUUGAGGAAGAAAGAGGGAACACUCUGGCACUGAUGGAUCUCGAUGAACAAAUACAAAAUAUUAAUGCAACAAUUUCAUACAUACAAGAAGUUAUCCAAGAGUCGCAACAAAAUGUGAUGCAAAUUGAAGAUGCUAAGGACAUAGCACCAUUAAUGCAGAGUGUGAACAAUGUUGAAGAAGCACAAUAUAUAAUACAAAAGUUAUAUAAUCUGACAAUAAAUCAAGGUUAUGCCGCAGCACAGAAAGAACUCUGUCUGAAGGAAAUGGAAGCCCAACUGAAAGAGAAAGCACAAGAAAAUAGUGUACAAGAACAAUUACUGCAACAUGUUUUGAGGACUCAUGGUCUUGAUUUGGAUAUGUACAGUUCAACGAUGGGUAAUGGACAAACUACAGCUGCCUCAACAGACAGUUCUGUACCAUCCACAAGAUCUAACUCACCUACAGAUACGUGCAAUGGUAAUGUGAGGCCUGUGCAGACCAGAACAUCAAAAAUACGAAGAAAAACAAGACUACCAGAAGAACUGUUGUACCCACCAGAUGCAAUGACGACAUCUGCUCCUGAGGUCCAAUCACAAGAUGAACCAACUGAAGAAAACUUGAUGCCUCCACCAGACAAAGCUAUUAGUCGAGUACCAAGUGCUCCUGGUUCACUGAAAAAUUUGGUAACUAAGACUGAGCUACCGAAGCCCUCACCAGUGGCAGGUCGUAAAACUUACGACCGCCAGGAAUCCACUUCUCCUCGAACUACACGCCGUACAUUUAACACAUUGCAGAGCAAUUUGCUUGGCAAACCGGGAUCAAUGGAUCAGGGUCUAGACGCAAGCCCACCUAACUCUCCCCCAACCUACCGGCGUACCAACAGUCGUGAGGAAAACGUGUUUUCUCGCCUUACGUCUGGGACUACAGCUUCAAGUGAUCAGCAGAUUGGGGAAGGUGUCAUCAGUGUAUACCAGGGGAAGGUAAAUGCGAAAGCUCCAUUAAUCUGUACUCAUGUUGCAGAAGGGCAUUCACGUGCCGUACUCUCUGUAUAUGCUACUGAUGACUUGCUGUUCAGUGCCUCCAAAGAUCGCACAGUAAAAAUCUGGGAUUUACAAACUGGUGUUGAAAGACAGUCACUUCGUGGUCAUCCAAACAAUGUUGUUUCAGUAAAGUAUCAUGAAGAGUCCCGCCUGGUGUAUAGUGUCUCCUCAGCCUAUGUGAAAGUCUGGGACCUCAGAGACAGAGGAGCUAAAUGUAUUAAAACUUUAUGCUCGUCAGGUAUGACAGCAGAUGGACCUGUUGGAUUUUCAACUCCAUCAAGAAUGCUGCAGGCUCCAGUGGGUGAAAUGCCCCUCAAUGAUGUAGCACUUAACCAUUGUGGAACAGUGCUGUAUACUGCAGCCUCAGAUCGUGUGCGUGUAUGGGAUCUCAGAAAAUAUGAGCCAGUGGGAAAACUUGUUGGUGGUCACCAAGCUGCUGUAAUGUGUUUGGCAGUCGGAAAACUGUCAGAAGACGAGGAUAUUGUUGUAACAGGAUCCAAAGAUCAUUAUAUAAAAGUUUUUGAAGUGAACAGAGGGAGUUCAAAUGUCUUCCAGCCUAAAAUGAAUCUGAAUCCUCCACACUAUGAUGGAAUCCAGUCUCUGGCAAUUAGGGGAGAUAUUUUAUUUUCUGGGUCACGUGAUAUGUGCAUAAAGAAGUGGGAUUUGUCUAAGCAAGAACUCAUUCAGAGUCUAAAUGGCGCUCAUAAGGAUUGGGUAUGUGGACUGACAUUCAUGCCCGGUGGUCAAAUCCUCUUGUCAGUUUGCCGUGCAGGUGUGGUUAAACUGUGGUCAGCAGACACUUGCAGCUUAUUGGGAGAAAUGAAAGCUCAUGGAUCGCCAAUUAAUGCCAUUACCACGAACUCUUCACAUAUUUUCACAGCCUCUAGUUCGGGAGAAGUCAAGAUCUGGAGGUCACCACAGUUUUCUUCAAUGACAAUGUCUACUGGUCAAGUGUUUGAACUUUCACUUUGAUAACUCUUAAAUGCCUAUACACUGUCUCUGAUUGACAGUACUUAUAUCUGUAGAGAUGGGCGUUUGAUCAAUGUGUUUGCUUGUUUAAACUCUAUGUGUAAAAUAAUUUCCUAUUUCCUAUGUAUGUGUAUUUGCAUAAUUAUAAGGCCAUGUUAGAGUAGUAUAAAUGCAACUGGGAACUUUGCAGCAUAAAUCAUAUAUUCAGUGAUGAGUGUAAAAUGUUUAAAUACAGUGAAAUUUAAUUAUAAUCUCUCAAUUAAAUUUUGAUGGUUGUCCAAUUUUUUUCCUUGUAAACAGCAGUGUUUUCACACAAGAUAAAAAUUAAUUCUACAAACAAAGAGUACAGUUCUGUGUAAAACCUGGAUAAUGUUUGCAGCAAAUUGGCAUCCUGAGUACAUGUUACUGAAAACUGCAUCGAUAUAGUGCACAUCUUGAGAAACAAAACAGUGCUAUAGCUAAGUAAAAUUUCAUAUUUGUUGUAAUUAGUAAGCCAUCAAAAAAUUUAGCAAAAAGUGCUACAUUCAGAUUUUUAUGGCAAAGUGGGCUAUAGUGGUCAGAUGUGAAACAAAUUCAAAACAAGACAUUUACAUCUAUUUUUUACACACACACACACAAAUUAGAUUCACAUUUAUGAAGAAGCACUAAUUCUGUCAAAGGUAUCUGUGGUAGAGGUGCACCAUAAUGUGGAUAAGUUUUCAUAUUAGGUUUGAAACCACCAGAGGUCACUCAGCAUUCAUGAAUAUGAGUGCAAAUAGUGCAACAAAAGUUGAAAAGCUGUUGGAGUAUUGUAACUGUUAGCUCUUUGAUUAUAGUUGAAAAAAUUGGGACUCUAGAAUGGAGAUAUUUUGUAAGUAGACAUUUCAUACUCAUCUCUUAGUGGAAAUAUAAUUCAAACUGAUUAUUUUUGUUGAUGAGUCACCUUUUAGAGGGAAAUAAAUUCAAUCUGAUUGAAAUGUAAGAAACAGGUAAUCAUAUUUUGCUUCCACAACAAAAACUAGUUUUUGUGAAAAAUAAAUGUCCACGAUAGGGAAUGUGUGAUGAAAAAGUCGUUGGAUGUUUAAUGAACACUCAUUCUGCCAAUUUAAUGAAGUGGAAGAAAUUUAUAAUGGAAAUAAAUUUACAGACUGUCUUUCCUAGGGUCUGGGAAUGAUUUAAUUUGAUCUUCCUGAGAUUGAUUUUCAACAUUUGUGCUGUAGUUUUUCCAAACAUGAGAGUAUGAAAUGUCUAUAUGCUGAAAUUAUGUUUAAAUUUGGCUUGUAAUACAUCUGAUUUACCUUUAAUCCAAGAAUCAGAAAUUUUGUAAAAUGAUAAAAGUUAAUGUUUAAUUGUAACACAUAAAUAGAAGUAAAUUGGAGGAUAUGCCUUUUCAAACCAGCUGCAUUAUUGGACCAUUACAACUUACUGUGUAUUUAGUUAGCAUGGUUGCACUGUUCCAAACGAUUAUAUGAAAAUAUUUAUACUGAAUUUCAAAGUGUAUACAAUGGAAAGUCCAGGUUGGAGUAUCAAAAAUGUUAUGAAAAGGAUAGAUUACUUAUUUCUACAAAUAGGACCCACUGAGUUGCAUAGAGGCUUGAAAAGGCUGUUACACACGGAGCUUUCAGCUAAAGCCUUCUUCCAGAAAGAAAUACACACAAGCAAACACACCUCAUGCACACGUGACCACUAACUCCAGCCAGAAUGCAAUGGUGUUACGUCAAGUGGAAGCAGCAAUAUGGA